CGAGCAGAUAGAAAGAUGGAGAUAAGAGGGAGCUAACUAGAGAGGAAAAUGUGUAGUGGUUGUCGGAGAGAGAGAGAGAGAGAGAGAGAGCUGAAACUCAUCAAGGCUAAAGGGAGAAGAGAGAGAGUACAGCCUCACCAUAUAUACACCUCAGAUCUCAUGUAAUUAUGUGAGUGUAAUGAAGGCUGUACCCUCUCUCUUCUUCUCUUAGCUUCUUGAUGCAAAGUUGCAAACACACCUGGAGAGCUCUUGCAGAAGAAAGUUUCACUUCAUGAUCACCGAUCAGGACACACUGUCGAACACUGACAUUUUGGGAUGGCACGUCCACCCACGGGUCGCAAUCAGACUCGGCAGCCUUUGGAAGGCGGGUCCCCCGACCCAGCCCAAGUACCGGAAGGAGAUGGGCCCUCAAAUAGGGACCAAUCAGGAUGUGAGAUAGACCGGUCAUGGAUGUACAAGGAACGAGGGCCAGAGUUCAUUGUUGGCAUCGAGGCUUUUUUGAGGUCUACUGUGGCGUACAAGAAGCCAAAAGGGAAGCGUGACGAGCACUAUAUAUGUUGUUCGUUUGUCAACUGCAAGAAUGAGAAGCAGUUUUCAAACAUAGAGCAGAUCCGUGCACACUUGAUUCGCAGGGGUUUUAAGGCUAGCUACACCCGUUGGACUGAGCAUGGUGAACUUGCAGAUGUUGGGCGUGAAGGGCAACCAACAGUCGAAGGUGACGGAGUUAACGAUCCGACGGCUAACGAAGACUUCGAUAUGUCGGCAUUUGAAGAUACUUUUGUCGAGAACGAUGAUCGGGACAGUUUUGUUGGCAACAAUGAAGAAGGCAUAGAACAAAUGUUGCGCGAUGGAGAGGGGGACUUCACCAUUGAAAGACAACAUCAAAAGUACUAGCGCAUGAUAGAGGACUCUAAAACACCAGUUUACCCGAACUGUAAAGAUGAGCAUAGCAAGUUGCAUGUGGUGCUGACACUGAUGCAAAUGAAGGCUAGCAAUGGUUGGGCCGAUAAGGGUUUCAAUGAAUUGUUAGAAUACAUCGCUGCGCUGUUUACACAAACAUGCCUUAAUUUAUAUAACUGCAAUUUAUCACCUCCAUUAAAAAAAACUCAAUUUUGUUUGUAAAUGUAUGAUAUUCUAGAGAGCUUGCAGUCCAAACUCUCUCUCUAUAACCUUUGACCACUGAUGUAUGGACUAUUUGGAUUUUUACAUAGAUUCGUCAUGAAAAAUAUCCUACAAUAUUGUAAUUUUAUAAUUUAUUAUUAUUAUUUUCAUGUAAAAGUUAGCAGUCAAAGUUACAUACACCAUAUUAAUUUCAAAACGUCAUUUAUUUACGAACAGUGGGAGCACAUUUUUCCCCUGCAAGGACUCUAAAAUACUUGUUGAUGAGACAUACAUGCGAAUAUCUUUUUUCCCCUUAUUCCUCUCCUCCAAAUGAUUUACCGAGCAGAAAGAACUCUUAUCAUUUAGCACUAAUGUAUCACCAUGUCGUUGUACAUGGCUAGACCUUUUUUGUGCAAUGAGUUUUAAUUGAUCCAUUUUUGAAUCACGAAUUUGCGUCUCAUGCAAUCUAUGAAAUCUCAGCUAGCAUUGAUCUCACUAAAAUCAACACU